GCGCACUCGGACCAAGAUGGCGGCGGCGGCCCUCCUGGGCUGGGGAGCUGCGGCGGCUGCCGCGGGGCUGCGGAGGCGAUUCUGUCAUAUGAUGAAUCCAUAUACCAUUAAGAAACAGCAUCUGCAUCAGUUUGUCCAGAGACCACUUUUCCCACUCCCUGCAACCUUAUGUAACACAGUGAGAUACAUGUUUAUUCAAACACAAGAUACCCCAAAUCCCAACAGUUUAAAGUUUAUUCCAGGAAAACCAGUUCUUGAGACAAGGACCAUGGAUUUUCCCACACCAGCUACAGCAUUUCGCUCCCCUCUGGCUAGACAGUUAUUUAGGAUUGAAGGAGUAAAAAGUGUCUUCUUUGGACCAGAUUUCAUCACUGUCACAAAGGGAAAUGAAGAGUUAGACUGGAAUUUAUUGAAACCAGAUAUCUAUGCUACAAUUAUGGAUUUCUUUGCAUCUGGCUUACCUUUAGUUACUGAGGAAACACCUUCAGGAGAAGCAGGAUCUGAAGAUGAUGAUGAAGUUGUGGCAAUGAUUAAGGAAUUGUUAGAUACUAGAAUACGGCCAACUGUGCAGGAAGAUGGAGGAGAUGUAAUCUAUAAAGGCUUUGAAGAUGGCAUUGUACAGCUGAAACUCCAAGGUUCUUGUACCAGCUGCCCCAGUUCAAUCAUUACUCUGAAAAAUGGAAUUCAGAACAUGCUGCAGUUUUAUAUUCCAGAAGUAGAAGGUGUAGAACAGGUUAUGGAUGAUGAAUCAGAUGAAAAAGAAGCAAACUCACCUUAAAUUAAUUUGAGUUUUCUUUGGGCCUACCAGUUGGACUUGAUGAUAUAUAUACUAAGCUUUUAUUACUAAUCUGCUAAGGAACUUGAGGAUUAAUAAAAUAUACCCUUUCUUCAGAGAA